UAGAGUGCUGUGGCAUCACAGCUCACAGCAACCUCAAACUCUUGGGCUUAAGCAAUUCUCUUGCCUCAGCCUCCAAAGUAGCUGGAACUACAGGCACCCACCACAAAAACCCAGUUAUUUUUUUUGUUGUUGCAAUUGUCAUUGUUGUUUAGCUGGCCCGGGCCGGGUUUGAACCCACCAGCCUGGGUGUCUGUGACCGGCACCCUACACACUGAGCUAUGGCACUGCCCAUAUUUGCUAUUCUUGUGGAGAGACUCUGUGUGUGUAUCUUUGUGAAGAUGGAGGAGGACAGGGUGUGUAUAUACAGGGUGUGUGUGCACUUGAAGAUCUGUGGGUCCAGGAAUCUGUACAGGGCAGCUUGGUGUCUCUGUAUGUAGUAGCUAAGGUGACAUUUGUGACUGAGAAUGGGUACAAGGGGUACAUGGAUCUGGGUGUCAGCCCUGGGACCGUUUGAGGUGUGUGCAUCUUCCUGUGAGAAGAUCUUCAUUCUAACCCCAUAGGCUUUGUUUUCUUAUAAGCCCCAUCUCUCCUCUCACCAGCCCUGAAAUCUCUUAGGCAGGCCCCAGCUGCCUUUCUCCCCACCACCCUACUCUCUGCCCUUCCUUAACCACUCUGCAGCAUUCUGGAGCCUUUCAGACACAGUGGUUUCACCCCAGGGGAGAGGUCCUGGGGAAAAGAUCUCAGCCAGGGCCUGCUGAACAGGGGCUAUUUUAGGGCAGGCCUCUCACCACAGCCCGCCCCACAGUUCACCACAUGGAUGUCAUCCCCACCCCCAACACACAGUGAAGGUUUAGCAGGGUAGGUGGGACUAGGGUGGAGGUAAGGGCACUGAUGUAACGGAACCAUCACAUCACAGACGACUGGACUUGGUGGAUCCAGGAAGGCUUCCCAGAAGAGGUCAUUGGCCCCUCCCAAGGACCAUGCCGAAACCCCACUGAUCCAGGAGCAGGGGCCUGAGGGCAGGGAACCUGGAAUGGGCUGUGUGUUCUGCAAGAAAUUGGAGCCGGGGCCCAAGGAGGAUGCUGGCCUGGAAGGGGACUUCAGGGGCUACGGAGCAGCAGACCACUAUGGCCCCGACCCCACUCAAGCCCGGACUGUAUCCUCCUUUGCACACGUCCCCAACUACACCAACUUCUCCCCUCAGCCCACCAACCCCUCCUUCCUUGAUAGUGGCAACAUCAGAGGCAUCUCAGGGACUGGGGUGACGCUGUUCAUCGCCUUGUAUGACUAUGAGGCCCGGACAGAAGAUGACCUCACCUUCACCAAGGGGGAGAAGUUCCAUAUCCUGAACAACACUGAAGGUGAUUGGUGGGAGGCUCGGUCCCUAAGCUCUGGACAAACUGGCUACAUUCCCAGCAACUAUGUGGCUCCUGCGGACACCAUCCAGGCUGAAGAGUGGUACUUUGGAAAGAUUGGGAGGAAGGAUGCAGAGAGGCAGCUGCUCUCCGCAGGCAACCUUCAGGGGUCCUUUCUCAUUCGGGAGAGCGAGACCACCAAAGGUGCCUACUCCCUGUCCAUCCGUGAUUGGGACCAGACCAGAGGUGAUCAUGUGAAACAUUACAAGAUCCGCAAGCUGGACACAGGUGGAUACUACAUCACCACACGGGCCCAAUUCAGCUCGGUGCAGGAGUUGGUGCAGCACUACAUGGAAAUGAAUGAUGGGCUGUGCUACCUGCUCACGGCGCCCUGCACCACCAUGAAGCCACAGACUUUGGGCCUGGCCAAGGACGCCUGGGAAAUCAGCCGCACCUCCAUUGCGCUCGAGCGCCGGCUGGGCACCGGCUGCUUCGGGGAUGUAUGGCUGGGCACGUGGAACGGCUGCACAAAGGUGGCGGUCAAGACGCUGAAGGAGGGCACCAUGUCCCCGAAGGCCUUCCUAGAGGAGGCGCAGGUCAUGAAGCUGCUGCGGCACGACAAGCUGGUGCAGCUGUACGCCGUGGUGUCCGAGGAGCCCAUCUACAUCGUGACUGAGUUCAUGUGCCACGGUAGCUUGCUGGAGUUUCUCAAGGGCCGGGAAGGCCAGGAUUUGAGGCUGCCCCAGUUGGUGGACAUGGCAGCCCAGGUGGCAGAGGGCAUGGCCUACAUGGAACGCAUGAACUACAUCCACCGUGACCUGAGGGCAGCAAACAUCCUGGUGGGGGAGCGACUGGUGUGCAAGAUCGCUGACUUCGGCCUGGCUCGCCUCAUCAAGGAUGAUGAGUACAACCCCCAACAAGGAGCCAAGUUCCCCAUCAAGUGGACAGCCCCAGAGGCUGCUCUCUUUGGCAGAUUCACCAUCAAGUCAGAUGUGUGGUCUUUUGGGAUCUUGCUUACUGAACUCAUCACCAAGGGCCGAGUCCCCUACCCAGGCAUGAAUAACCGGGAAGUGCUGGAAAAGGUGGAACAUGGCUAUCACAUGCCAUGCCCCCCAGGCUGCCCAGCGUCCCUGUAUGAGGCCACGGAACAGACCUGGCGUCUGGACCCAGAAGAGAGGCCUACAUUCGAGUACCUGCAGUCCUUCCUGGAGGACUACUUCACCUCCUCAGAACCACAGUACCAGCCCGGGGACCAUACAUAGCCUGCUCAGACAUCAACCACCUCUCUGGUGGUGCCUACCAGCCCUUGCCAAUCCCCAGGGUUCUUGUCCCGAAGAGCCCAGGCUUAGAACCCUAUAGAGUCUUAGUGUGUCACAGGAGGUGGCGUGCUUUGACACCAUCUAGAGCAGCCCACUCAUUUUAUAGGUGGGACAAAUGGAGGCUCAGAGCUCAUACCUCACCCACUCUGGCCACAAGAACAAGCACAAGCUCUCUCUUCCCACUUGGGCCCCUACAUGCCUUGAGUCUCUCUCUCUCCUCACCCCCCUCCAAUGCUCAGUUCUUGUCUAGUUAUUUAUAAAACCAUAUGUCCCUCCCCUCAGCCCCUCACUUAUCUCCUUACCCUCCUGUCAUCCCACUCUGGUCCAGGUGCCAAGAAUUUACCUCUUACUCUCAAUCUUUUGUGUUUGUAAGUUACAAAGACAGAAUGUCUUUUGGGAGCCCUUUCCUGCUGAGUGGAUGCUGUGGCCCAGGGCUGGGGCCCAGGCACAGGUUUGAGGGUUGCUGAGGGCUCACCACCCCUCUGAAUAGCGUGUGUGUGUUUAUUGGUUUUGUAAAUAAGGAAAAUGAAAAUAUGAUUUCUUGAGCCAUUAACUUCCCCUGAACCUUCCUUUUGGUGGUCAAUGGGAGGUGGAGGGGACAGGUGUGACUAUUAAGAGCAGCAGGGGAAGGUAAGAGAGUGCCCUGGUAUCUACCAAGCAGCCGGUAUUCAAGGUGUGGAGUUUUAAGUCACCCAGAAGUCUCACUGCUCAUCUCCAUGUGAAUUUAGGAUGAAGUGAAAGGAAGCUAGAGAAGACAAGCAGUUAGAGAUAGAUCAAAAUGUCCCUCCAUUACCUACAUAGCCUUCAAUCUGUGCAUAAUGGUUUUGCUAAUUCUUUACCUGAUUUCAGCCUGAUUUACCAUUCAUUGCAGACAAUAGAACAACCUUAGGUCCCCAUUCCACAGGGGCAGACAUGAAGGCCACAGUGAAUCCUCUGCAGCUGUCAGAUUCCCCAAAAAUGUACAGAGGGAAGGGAGGAGAAAGGAGAGGUCUGAAGGUUAGUUCAGCCCCUUGGAUCUUACUAGGGGAGCUCUGCCCCCAAGGGAGCUUUUGAAGAGGUUUGGAGGCAGUUUUGUUUGUCACAAUGACUGGGGGCUCCUAGUAGCAUUUAGUGGGAAAAGAUCAGUGAUGCUAAACAGGCUUCACUGCUGUGCAAUGACAAAUUGUCCUGCAUCCACUCCCCCUUUGAAAAACUCUGGCAGCUGACAUGCCUCCGUGUAGAAGCAAGGGAAGCAGGGAAUCAGGAUUCCUACCUCUCCCACCAGGAACUGUUGACCCUCUGAUUUAGUAAGGGAAUGGACAGGGAGUGUAGCUGGGGAUCAUUAUUGCAAGUAGCCAACAAUUACUAAGUAUUGACUCCGUGAGGCAUUGACCCUUUGUUAAGCAGGACCCUGGAGACACAAACACAAAUAAAACCUGUCCGUGCCCUGGAGGAACAGGGAAGAAAAAUAGUAAUAAUAAUAACUUAUUUGUUAAGUGUCUGCUGAAUGUUGGAUGUGUUCACAUCCAUCUUUUCUUUUAAUCCGAUCCUGAGCCUGGUUCUAUAAUUAGGCCUAUCUGUAGAUGAGAAAACCGAGGCUCAAGGGUUACAUGAUGUACCAAGCUCAUAGCUGUAUAUGACAGCUGGGAUUUGAACCUAGGUCUCACACUGAGGCUCUUGGUCUUUCUUGGACUUCAUUGCCUCCAGGCUUUGGGAGGAGAGUAUAUCGUGUGUGUGUGUGUGUGUGUGUGUGUGUGUGUGUGUGUGUGUAAAAGGGAGAGACAUCUUCCCUCUUCUAGUUAUUAGUAGAAAAAUUCCCUGAGGGACCCCUCGCCCCCUAUAUUGAGUGGCCUGAAGGAAAGGGGGAUAAGGCAGCCAAUGCAGAUUGAGAGUUCCCUGCACCUAACCCUGUACUGGGGGGUGAUAAAUGCGAGAAAUAAUAUGGAAAGAGACCAAGUGGCUGCUUAGAAAGGUUGUCAUAGGUGUAGGAGCCUUAGCUGUGCACACUCUCAGGGACUAAAUCUUCCUGAGGGCCAGAAUUUCUGACAGACAAGACUCACAAGAGUCUGAUGUGUAAGGCAGAAGACAGCAUUUCUACCUACCAUGAAGUAAGCAGAUAAGAGCACAGCUCUGGAGCUGUCCUGCCUGGUGUGAAUCUGUGUGAUGUUGUGCAAGUUAUUAAUCUUUCCAAGCCUCAAUGAACUCAUCUGUGAAAUAGCAAUAAAAUGCUCAAUACCCA